GCAUGAUAACAAAGGAUUCAAACAACACCUCUUCCACUUCCCUUCGAUUACUGUGCAGAAACACAAUAUAUAAAGCCUAUUUUUUUAGCAUGAAGCAAAUCAACUUGUUGUAUCCCAAGGCAAAGAAGCUAAUCCAAGUCUCAACACCAACUUCUCCAACCUUAAGAAACGAACAAUUAAAAAAAUGACGACCAUUCAAUCAGCCGCAGGAUUCACAGUUCUUCUUGCUGCUUUUAUUUCAGUGUGCCACGGUGCACCAAUUGCUACCGACAACCAGACGAGCGUGUGCAGCUCGUUCCUCUUUCGACCCCCUUACUCUCACCUCAUCCAUUUCAAACCACUCAGUGGAGUGACUCGCCUGACCAGGACAAACCUGAACACUCUGUACAGGGCAUCGUUGGAACUGAAGAGCAGCGUUGAUAUUCUUUUACAAGAACUGGAAUGCAGGAUUGGAGAGCAGACACCUCGCCCUCACCACCACUGCUUCCUCGAUGAAAGAGACGAGGCGAUCUUUCUCUACAACUCAACUAAUCUGGUCACAGAUGCCCACAGGCUAGCUGCAGACCUGUGUCUACUCACUCCGUUCAUCACUGCUCUCCAGAGCACACUCUGCUACGAGCAAAACAACCAUUCAGGCGAGUACACAGAUGACUUGAGUGAUGUUCGAGGCAGAUUCGACGCCCUUCUUAAAGCAAUCUCAAAUAUUACGGGUGUCCCGAUAACCACUGAGGCCCCUCCAGUCACAGACUCUGUUGAGCAGGAGGAGAACACAGUUCAUGGGGAUGAAAGCCGGAGUCCAGCAGUUAUAUCCGGAUCUCAUCGAAACACUCGCCAGGCUAAUCAAAUCCCAAAUUCAGCAGCUGAUGUGGCCCCUCCUACUCCUAGUCCUAUCGUGACAGAUUCGAGUGAUUACGAUCUGCUCAACCAGGGGAGAUCUAGAGGUCGUCGCCAGGCACCUACCAAACCACCCACUGUCGUAACCACACCCCCUACAACUAACGACAGGUGCUCCUUCCCUCAGAGUGACGAGGAUCAAUUUAUUUAUAUCUAUGAGCUAUGGAUAUCUCUAUGGUAUCUGAACAAUGACCUUAAAGAAAUGACCGACUAAUAAACAAUCUAAAAGUGGAAUUGAACAUUUUAUAAUUAUGAUGAAUAUUAUGUUACUAUGGCAAUUAGUUAGUGAUGAUAAUUACAUGGAAUUUUUUUCAACGUUUUUUUAACUUUAUAUAAUUUUUAAA